AUGCCCCGAAUUCAUGAUACUGUUUUUGUCGUCACAGCGGGAAUUCGGGAUCUGCCACGCAUAGAGGAUCUCUAUGAGGCCAAAAACACGUGGCACUUUGGGGUGAAGGAUACGCCGCCGCUGGAGACCCUGUUCUUAAGGAACCAGGCCCAGCGACUGUUGGUCUACAAUAAACAGGAGUUUCACAUAGUGCUGGCAUACUGCGAGUUCGCUAACCAUCCAAAUAUUCCGGUGCUAUCUAACGAACUGUGGCUGCACUGGCUCAAUGCGCGGUUCUGCCUAGAUCUUCCUAUCACGCUGCUCAACUCCAUCUUUUUCAAUUUCCUUAUCUGCAAGACGGGCCAGCCCGAUAUCCUUAAGCUGAUCAUCCUGGAGGUCUUCUAUAACGAGCACAAGGUCAACUAUAUAAUAGUGGUUAAGCCGCCGGAUUGCCCGCCAGGCCAAUACGAUGCCGUUCAGGCUUUUGGAAAGACCUACUACCCCAAGUACUCCAAAAUCUCCGAGCAGAUGCAUCUUCCAUCGGUCAUCGUGAUCCAUCGACGGGACGUCAUGCCAGUUCUCUCCUUUCGCAAGGCGCUACCUGAGGACAACGACGACAUUGUUGAGAUGAUUGACUCCGAGGAUCCGGAACUGCGGAAGAAGCACGGCGACUUUUACAUUGCAGAGCACCUCCUGAGUAUGGAAGGAUCCGAUCAGACUGAUAACAUUAUUAUUGCUGAGUUCGAGGAAGAGAUUGCUGAUAAUGUGAAGGGAGCGGGCUUGAUGUGGCUGUCUGAGUCCAUAGACAUUGAGCAUCUGGCCACGAACUUUCACUUGGAGCGCUUGGGCAACUUGGCGCGAUAUACUCCGGGGAUUAAGCACGCCCGUGUGCAUUUCGAUGUGUUUUCGGUGGAACAAAAGUCUUACAAGGAUUUAUACACUGAGACGCAAAUGGAGGAAAUAUAUAAAACGCUUGUAGAUGAGAUAAACCCAGAAAGACAAACUAAAGCGAAGGAAGUUCUUUUCAGCAAAUACAAGCAUAUUUACGAAGAGCUCCGGAAAGGGAAUUACUAUAUGAACGCAUUUAAGGACAAACUGGAGAUCGCUUUUGACUUGCCACCAGGCGAGCACUCGCAUAGCGAAAACCGGGUGCAGUACUUGGGGCAGGCGUGCAAUGGAUUCCUGCUGAAGAUGUUUCAGUUGCACCCACUGGUGCGCUUUGAGUACACAUUCUAUUCCCUGUCGGCCAUGUUCAGUGCCUUCCCGAACCACGACUACUGUGUGACCAUGGUGCCUUCCACUGCGAGCACAAGUCCUUGCCAGCGGGAACUGCUCCGGUUCUUCUUGCCGGUUGCCCAUCGUCCGAACAGUGCUGUCUCCGAAAACAUGUUCGUUGCGCAUCGAAGUACCUUGUUUGGGGAUCUCCGGGUACAGCGUUUAGAAAGACAGGAGAUUGAGGAAAUUAAAACCAUGAUAAGCUCGCCGUCUCGCAAAAGGGACACUGUGUGCACUGAGGAAUUAGAUGAUGGUAACGAACUAUAUAACAGAGAUUAUAUAACAGAGAUCUUGGAGAUUUUUGAAGAUAUCGUUGAGGAUAUCCUUGAGAAUCCUUUGAACGAGCUGAGCUGCUUCACCAUUCGUUGUGGUCAAUCCAAGAAACACUUAGACUGCCCCUUGGUGGGCUUUUUGAUACUGAGCCCUUUUAUACAUUAUGAAGAUCUAUGCAGCAUAUUCAUGAUGCCACGAGAUCAGUUCCAGCUGACCCACAACCGUGGAGAGAUAGUCAUGUUUAGGCUGCAUCCGUUUUUCCAGAUGUGGUGCAAUCCAAUAAUUCGCACGGUGGCCUUGUAUGAAAACUACCGAGAAUUGUAUUAUAUAAACCACUUCAAUGGAAUCUCGCUGCCCAACGAUCUGAUGUACAACAUGAUGCCCGUUGAGCCGCGCCGCAUGAAGAAGAACCUAUUCGGUUACAAGUGCAUUUCAUAUAAGCGACGGAUGUCAAAGAUGUCGCGUUCUUCCAAUCCGGAUUCGUGCAGCAGUCGCAUGCGGGUCUUUUGCCACAAUCUUCAGCCCACCAUGCACAUGGGUGGCAAGAACUCCCUCGUAAUCGUGGGCUUCUCGCAGAUCUGUAUCGCCUUCUUGCGUACCGUCAUUUUCGCCUGGAACUCUAAAGAUUUGAUCAAUUAUAAGAAGUACAAUUGUCUGCCCAUGGUGGACAUCACGGUACUGGUGCCUCAUGGAGUUGUGGAAUCGGCCUACGACUGCGAAUUCAUGUGCAGCUACUGCGGCGAUGGCAGGAAUUGCUAUAUAAACACCGGAAACCAGAAUUCCUUUGUCAGGGAUACAACGCAGCGCAUGGAUGUGAGGCAUUGGGUGCGUUUCGUUCCGGCAAAGCUUAAAAGAAUAAAUAGGCAGGAAAAGAAGCUGCAGUUAUUAGACGGCUGCAUCCUUCACUACGAGAAGCUGGUCCUGCUGGCUGGCACAAGGUUCGGUUUUGAGGACAAGGAAUUCAACGGGUAUUUGAUGCCGUUAAACUAUGUAACCAACAAUCAUCGCCUGGACAGGAUCAUUUUCUACCACAAGCUGCGUGAAAUGGUUGAGACUGGUGAGACCUACAACAUCAUAAUCUACGGAUACGGAUUGGUCGUCUACGAGUGCAUUCAGUUUUUGGUCACACAUGGUUGUAAGAACCAGAACAUUACAUAUGUGCAGCCCCAUGUGCCGGCGGUGAUGGAGGACUUGGGCAAUCCCGAGGUCGACUCUCGGCUGGAUCCGAUCAUCCUGGAAAUGGUAGCUGAUCUGGGGAUCACGAUUUACUUGUCGACCAACUACAACAAAUUUAUUCUAAGCAAAGACAAUCAGUUCAUCGAGCAGGUCCACUUCUUGUCGUUUCCAAGCAAGAAACUAAUAGAGUUGAACUGCGAUCUCUUCGUCAACUACAAUCCCAAUAGUUUGACAUCGUCUUUGGAGACUGUUCUCCAAAAUGCAGGAAUCGAGAUGAUCGACAGGAAGAUCGUGGUCAAUGCACGAUACGUGACCAAUGACAGGAACAUCUAUGCCUCUGGCAAUAUAAUUAUGGUGCCCACUCCCAACUUUCAGUACACUUCCACCAGCCCGCAAGAGUGCGCUGAAAAAUUGGCCUACGAGCUGAACAUGGUGAAGAUUGUGAUGCAGUCGCGAUACUCAAGGCCAUUCGCGUUCACGGGCCAGCUUCCUAUGGGCUAUCACAUCAUCAAGUACAUCCAACCGAAGCCGCUGCUCAUCGGUCAACUGCCCAUUGAUUUUUCAGAGACUAUGACCACCUACGAGAAUGGAGACUUUUGCCGCAUUCGACUCAACAAGAAAAUGAUUGUCAUAGAGAUUGUCUGUGUCAGCAAGACGCCGAAACGUCUUUACUUCAUGGAGUUCUUCUGCGGCAAACAUGCCACGUUGCUUAAUGACUUGCAUGGUCGUUUUCAAGCCGGUUGGAUUUCAAACUUCUUGCACUUUUUCCAACAACCCUGGACGGAGCUUAUAAUGCACGACAGAUUCGAGGACCUGCAACUGAAGAAUCGCCGACUUCUGCUGGCCAUGCUGCUGAUGAACAACAAGGAUAAUGACAGGAAUAGCUUGGAGUCCACGCAGAGACAGAAGCUGGAGACAAAUGUAAUCGAUUUUGUACGAACCUAUCGCAAGGACUUCACUCAUGAAUUUGCUCUGCCCGAGGAUUGGGGUGUCUUUAAUCUAUGAUUUACUU